GUUCAGUCAGAGAUUAGCUGGGGGUUUGGCACGGGCUCCGUCUCGCUCUUGCUCGCUCUUUCUCGCUCACACACCUCUUGGCCUCAUUCUCCGCUACACCGUCGGUCUAGCCAGGCGAUAGGUUUGCUGUCAUCUCCUUCGUCCGUCAGUCAUGUCUGUACACGCUUCCGAAGACUGCGGCCAGACGCGCCGUUACACCUUCCGGCGCAUCAAGACGACGACAAUUCGCUUCCAGGUGAAAGCGCCCCACGACGUAGCCAUCUGCCUCUCUACCGACGACGAGGAGGAGCCUCAAGACAUGUAUGAGAUCUUCAUCGGCUGCUGGGAGGACGGCAAUUACUCCGGCAUUCGGCGCCACAAGCAUGACGACGUCUGCCGGGUGGAGACUCCAGGGAUUGUGACCGACGACGAGUUCAGGAGCUUCUGGAUCAAGAUCCAGCGCGGCGUGGUGAAGGUUGGAAGGAGAGGUGAAAAGCACGCCUUCAUGUCCUACACCGACCCCGAGUCGCUGCUGCACGUCACUUGGUAUGGAUUUUCGACGGGAUGGGGUGCCUCAGGGGAGUGGAUUUUCCCCGAUGAUGACGACGGGUCGUCUUCCUCGUCUUCCGCCAUGUCGUCAUCGGAUUCGGAGGCCGAGGACAUCAACAACCUGGAUGACAGACCCAUUCAGUACAAACGCCCCGCCAGGUGGGUGCCCUGCAAGGGGGGCUACUUCCCCCAGCGACCCAUCUCGGGGGGCGAAGGCCCCGACGGGGAAGUGUACGUCGGGUUGGCACGCCACGAAGACAGCUACGUCAUCGGCAUGGUCGUGCCCGAUCACGGCGUCUGUUACGUGCCCUACGGAGGGGAAGCCGUGCCCAAGUCAGAGUAUUUUGUCCUGAGUAAUCCGGGCUCUGUCAACCUGACCUGGGAACCCUCGAGCGGCGGAAAAGUGCCCCCGGGGGCACUCAAUGGGGGCAUUGACGGGGGUGAGGUUCUUUACAUCGGAAGGGUACUCAUUGAUGGCAUCGCCUCAGUGGGGAAGGUGCACCCAAGUCACGGCUGCGUCUACGUCCCCUAUGGUGGCGCGGAACAUUCCCAUCGUGAUUACGAGGUACUGUGUGUUAGAGGUCUGCCUGUCAAGAUAUAAUACCAAACAAGAAAGGUAAAGCAACAUAUAGCCGAGCUGUGCAGUAAAACGUGAGCUAUUGAAAGAAGAAAUUGCAAAUGGGAAGGAAUUGAUGAUUUAUGUUAUUACAGAGAACAGAAACUUAAAUUAACACGCACAAUAGGAGGAAUAAAACAAGCAGGGGAGCCGUUAUAAAGGUGAAACCUGCACAUUACAAUUACUAUUGCUAUCGUGUGAAACAAGAUGUCCGGAGUGUUUGAUGAAUUUUAAAGACAUUUCCAGUUAAUGAAUAAAAGUUUGAAAUGAU